AUUCAACAAAUCUUGGAAAUAUAAAACGUACAUACAUUCAUCUCAAAUCACCAAACCAUCAAACCAUCAUUCUCAAAGCUAACUACCAUCAAUGACUACCCCAGUGAAAACUAAUCAACCCACUCAAACCCAAGCCUACGAUGAGAACGAUCAUCAAAUCCCUAGCUUACUAUUUGCUAUACCAUUUCCGACGCCUGCGAAUCAUCACAAAACCACUGAAUCAAGUCCACCUUUCUUACUCUAUACAUUCCCUCGAUCAGUUUAUGAGAAGCCUCCAGUAGAUCCACGAACUGGAAAACCCGGUAAAGAGAAACUUAUCAAGAAAGCUGAAAGGAUUUGGCAACAAGAGGUUAGAGAGGGUGAAGAAAUCAAGAGAGGUGAACAUAAAGAUGCAGGAACGUGGAAAAAGUUCAAAGGUGCAGCUGCCAGGACUGCUUCUAGUGUAAUCAAAUAUAUGCCUAAUAGUACGAUUGAGACUUUGGGUAGAUUACCGCCCAAGCAAAAACUUGGAACAGUCCAGAUCAUAUACCCCGCCAACAAAGACGUUUCUCCAACCAUCAACGUUCCUCGAUUAACUGAAUUCGAAAUGAAGGAAAGUUUCACCAAGAUGUUACAAAGUGCUAAGAAACAAGCAUUUAAACAAUCUAUCAUCUCGGGAUGUCUACUUCCUGUUACCGCAGCCAUCGAUUUUUUCUUAAUCAUACCAAUCUUUGCGUUUGAAGUUAAUAUUGCCUAUUUCAGCUUGCAAACUAAUGGUGCUCGAAAGGUAAAAGCCUUGACCAAUUCAGAAAACCAAGCUGCCAAGAAGGGAAAAGCGACUAAUAGCAAUCAAGAUUCAGAUACACCAGAUAAUUCAUCAAUCUUUAUUUUCCAACAAGCCACCCCUAACACAUUUUCAAAUACAAUCAAUUAUUUAUACUCACAAUGUUCAUUGAUAGAUGGAAGGAAAUUUCCUAUAGUGAAAGGUAUCAAUUUACCUAAUUAUCAACCUAAUCGAAACAUAGUAGAAGGUAUGAUUUCAGAAUUUCAAGCUUGUUUACCUGAACAAGUCACUCAACGACAUUUACUUAAUGUGGAUCGAGCUGCUGAAGAUUUGGCUAGAACUUUACGUAAAGCUGCUAAAGAAUAUGUUAAGACUCUUGAAUGAAAUUCCAUAGAAUUAGUCAACUUCUAUACACAUUUUUUUGGAUUGUCAUCUUUUGUUUUUCAUCCUAGUUCAACUUUAUUAGCAAUAUUUUUUUCUCUUUGCUCAUUUACUCUAAUACCAUCUGUUCUGUUAAUUUGGAUAGGUUAUCUUCAUUUUUCUCUAUGUAACCUUCUAUCGUAUUGUAAACAUGAUUUCUGAUCAUUCGUCUAUAAACUUGAAGCAUGCACUUUUUUAAUUUUUUCAGACUAGAAUAAACUUCAAAUCAACUCAUCAAUUUCACUCUUCAUCUCAUUUUUACUAGAUGCUCACUUAAUCAACUGUCCUCUGCAUACACUCGUCUUUUUUCGUCUUUUUUCAUCUUUCUUCCUAAUGUUUUUUCAUGUCCACGAUACGGACGUCUAUUUUUGAUUUGGAGUUGUUAUUUUAUGAGAUCCAAUGACAAGUAUUUCUUAACUGAUUUGACAAUUUUC